AUGCCGCAGGCAGCGCGAUGGGCGGGCACGCCGUCGAUCAAGGGACGCAUGCGUAUCGCCCUGGGGGAGCAGCACGUCAACAGGAACUUCGUGGGCUGGGACGAGGAGAAGGACAUGCGGAAGGAGGAGAGAAAGACAGGGAAAAGGACCCAGUCACUAACUUUUCACAUCUUUGAGAACAGGUUCACAUGGGGUACAGAAAUGACAUAUUGCACACCAUAUCUUUUACAACUUGGCUUGACAAAAUCGAAAACCUCCUUGGUUUGGAUCGCGGGGCCCUUGUCUGGCUUGAUCAUUCAGCCUUUAAUCGGUGUGAUUGCGGAUCGAUCACGGUCAAAAUGGGGGCGACGGAGGCCCUUUAUGGUCUUUGGAUCGUUCGUUGUGGCAGCGUGUCUGAUCGUUUUGGGAUGGACAUCCGAAAUCGUGGGGACAUUUGUGGCAGACCCUGAAAAGGCCAAAAAGGUCACCAUUGCCUUGGCCGUGUCUAGUAUCUAUGCGGUUGACUUUUCGAUCAAUGUUGUUCAAGCUUGCUGUCGCAGUCUGAUUGUGGACACAUUACCGAUUCCCUUGCAGCAGGCUGGCUCUGCAUGGGCUGGUAGAAUGUGCGCCAUCGGUCAAUUAAUCAGCUAUGUGAUUGGGUCAAUCGACACAGUCAGUAUCUUUGGAAGUCUGCUGGGCGACACCCAAUUCAAACAGAUGACGGUGAUUGCGGCGAUGUCUUUGAUCUUUGCCGUUGCGGUGACUUCGUACUCUGUCAAAGAGCGGGUUCUGAUCUCCGCGAGAGACUCCGAUGGCAAAGGAGGUGCCGUUCAAGCUAUCUCUCAGUUGUUCAAAACCACCAUGGAACUUCCGCCACGCAUUCAAGCUAUCUGCUGGGCUCAGUUCUGGGCAUGGAUCGGAUGGUUCCCUUUCCUGUUUUAUAGCACAACCUGGGUGGGCGAGACCUACUUUCGCUACGAAGUGUCCAAAGAUCAAUUCGCCAAGACUACUGACAUGCUUGGUGAAGUUGGCCGGGUCGGCAGUCUCUCCCUCACGGUCUUCUCAUCGAUCACAUUCCUGAGUUCUGUGCUAUUGCCAUUCUGCAUCCAAUCCCCCGACACCAAGCGCACGCGAUUUACUCCUCGUCCGCCCCCUGGCAUCGCUACGAUUCUCACAAAGUUCACCUCUGUCCGGCCAGAUUUGCAAACCGCGUGGUUCAUCUCGCAGAUCAUGUUCGCUGCGACCAUGGUCUUUGCCCCAUUGGCGCACUCCCGGGCUUUCGCAACCUUUCUCGUUGCCCUCUGUGGCAUUCCCUGGGCUAUCAGCGGCUGGGCUCCCUUUGCCUUUAUGGGGGUGGAGAUCAACAAAUUGACCAUGAACAGUCCCGGCCCAGCUUCACCAGGUAUGGCUGCCCAAGCCACACGCUCCGGUGUGACCAUGAUCACGUCCGCUGGCCUUCGCAAUCCCGCCGCGGACACGGAACUAGAAGUCCUUCGCUUGAACCACCGCGACAUGGACAGCGACACGGACGAAGAAGAUCAAGUCUCAAACAUUCCUUCCACGGGCGAACUUGCCGGUAUCUACCUGGGGGUGUUGAAUGUGUAUACCACGCUCCCGCAAUUCGUGGGGACCUUUAUCAGCUGGAUUGUCUUCAGCCUGCUUGAGCCGGGGGCGUCCCCGACCAAGGACGGAGAUGCUUCGGAUACGCAGUGGAUGAAUCUGGAUCGUGAUAAACCCAAUGCGAUUUCCAUUUGUUUGUUCAUCGGAGCGAUCAGUGCUCUCGUUGCCGCGGAGGCGACUCGACGAUUACGAUAUGUUGCAUGA